AUGUCAACUAAUAAUAAUCCGCCGACGUACCCCUUGAAGGACGCAUCACCUGUUUUUGAUUUCAAAAUAGUUAAUCCAGCCAGCAAAUUAUCUGACACCUGGUUGCAGAGGGAAUACCAAAAGUUAUCAUUAAUAUCACCAGAACAGUCCUCUCGUGAAAAUAGAAAGAGAAUUAGAAAAGGAGAUGAAAUAAUUUCCGACGAAGAAAGAGACACGACGGAAUCCUGUGAUGAUAUGGCAAUCUCAGAUACAGAAUGCAAUAGCCAAGUAUCUAAUCAAAGUGCUAUCAUGUCUGGGCUAUCAAAUUCAAGAGAAAAUGGUUUGGUACAUCCUCCGAAGAGGAGGUUGACUUCUGUCAUGUCACCCAGCCUUCUUGAAGACGCGCAACAAGGAUUGGCAGUAACACAUUCAAGAACCCCAAAUGCCAUGAACUCACCUACGCAGACGCCUGUUUCGGACAUGGAAGAGCAGCCACAGCAAUUACCUCUUCCAUCACCAAGCGCAUCCCCGGUUCAAAGUACAAAGAAUAGUUUUUCAUUCGAUACCAUUGAAAAUCAACUUUCAAAUGUUCCCAGUACUCAAGCUGAAUUGCUUGAAAUGAUAGUAAACUUGUCUGGUUAUUUAAGUGACAAAAAUCAAAACCAUUUAAUUUUUCGGCUACUUCAAGGAAUUAAUAGAUCAUCAUUAAGCUCAAUAGGUGAUUUGAUACAGGGCAGCUUGAAGCGGGAUAUGAUAAGUAAUCUUCCACUUGAAAUAUCAUACAAGAUCUUAGAUCAACUUGAUUAUAGGACCUUGUUAUCCAUUUCGCUUGUUUGUACUAAUUGGUAUAAGAUCAUAAAUAACUCAAGCAUUUGGACAGGCUUACUUAAAAGGGAUAAAUUAAUGACUAAUGAAGCUAAGAUUGAAGAUGAGCUUAAUUCACCUAAUUUACUUAAAGACUGGAGCAUGUAUCCCGACGAUUCAAACAGAGCCCAAGUUCUCUAUAGGAAAAAAUGUACUAUAUUCAAUAGAUGGAUGGAUCCAAAAUUCGAACCAAAAAGAAUCAGUGUUGCCGGUAAUGGUAAUAAUGUUGUCACAUGCUUACAACACGAUGAAGACAAAAUAGUAACUGGUGUUGAUGAUAAGUUAAUCAGUAUAUACAGCACGAAAUCGGGAGAGCUAUUGAAAGUGUUAAAAGGACACGAAGGUGGCGUUUGGGCUUUGAAGUAUGUUGGAAACACCCUCGUUAGUGGAUCUACAGAUAGAACUGUGAGAAUCUGGAAUCUAAAGACCGGAAAAUGCACACAUGUUUUUAGAGGACAUACUUCGACAGUUAGGUGCCUUGACAUUUUACAACCGGUAAAAAUAGGUGAAGAUGAUAAUGGUGAUGAUAUAAUAUUUCCCGAGAAUCCCUUAUUAGUAACCGGUAGCAGAGAUCAUCAUGUACAUGUAUGGAAAUUGCCUCUCAUUGAUGAAGAUUAUGACGAGCCUCAGUUUGAUAGUGCCGAAGCUGCAAAUCCUUAUUUGAUGCACGUUUUAGAAGGUCAUACUCAAUCCGUAAGAACAGUAUCAGCUUAUGGUAACUUAAUUGUAUCCGGAUCGUAUGACACCACCGUUAGGGUGUGGGACUUAUUGGACAAUGGAAAAUGUAAGUACAUCCUCACUGGACACGGUGAUAGAAUUUAUUCAACUGCUAUAAACUUCAAAACUAUGAGGUGCUAUUCCGGAUCGAUGGACUCUACCAUAAACGUUUGGGAUAUGACGAAUGGCUCUUUACUUCAUACAUUGCAGGGACACACCUCUUUAGUUGGACUAUUAGAGUUAUCUGAUGAAUAUCUAGUUUCAGCAGCAGCAGAUGCGACCUUAAGAGUUUGGGAUCCGAAAACCGGUGAGCAAUAUAGUAAGUUAAAAGGGCACACAGGAGCAAUUACUUGCUUCCAGCAUGACAGUCUUCGUAUUGUCAGUGGAAGUGAAGGAAUGCUAAAGCUUUGGGAUAUUAAAAAUGGAAAAUUUAUUCGAGAUUUGUUAGCCGACAUCAGUGGUAAUAUAUGGCAAGUUCGUUUUGAUGCCAACAGUUGUGUUGCAGCAGUCCAAAGGACGAAGAAUGAUGUUCAGGAAACAUUUAUCGAAAUAAUGGAUUUCAGCGUGCCACCAGCUCAUGAUACACAAUAA